AUGCUGCCUCAGGGCUUCUCUGGGAUCGCUCGUCCUUUGCUGAGCAGAGCUGCUGGGCAGAGAGCCGCCUGGGCCCUCGGGGGCUUCUUCGGGAGAGCUGUGGGCAGCCCCGCUCCUGCCAGCCCGCAUCCCGGGAGAGGCUUCCGUGGCACCCCCAGGCUCCAGGAUGCCCCUGGGGACACUGGUUCUGCAGACAGAGUAACAAUUAAUUUUAUAAAUCGGGAUGGAGAGAAAUUCUCAGCCACAGCUAAAGAAGGGGAAAGCUUGCUGGAGGUGGUGGUGAAUCAGAACCUCAGCAUCGAUGGCUUUGGGGCCUGUGAGGGGGCCCUGGCGUGCUCCACGUGCCACCUCAUCUUCGAUGACAGGGCCUUCCAGCAACUGGACCCCGUCACGCCUGAGGAGCUGGACAUGCUGGACCUGGCCUACGGCCUGACAGACACGUCUCGUCUUGGCUGCCAGGUGCGCGUAAAGAAGUGGAUGGAUGGCCUGACAGCCCAGGUCCCCGUGGAGGUCUCUGACAUCAGGAAAGAACUGGAAGUGGAGAAGCAGAGCAAACAGUAGCCGGCAGGGGCUCCACUAAACGCCCUUCCUCGGCGGAUACCCACCA